AUGGUGCUAGCGCCCGGGAGGUCGCACCAGGCGGCGGCCGACUUAAUGGCGACAGCGGUUGCGACAGUUGUUAGGAAAAUCCGGCAAUUGGGACUCGAGGUGGCGCUCCACAUGUCCGAGGCUAUGUGUUUUCAAGGCCGUGGGAACGCGCCACCUCCGGAGCCUGGUAAGGACAUUUUUCAAGGGCGCAGUUUUGAAAGCUCGCACCAAGCGCCUAGAAGGCUAAUUACGGCACUGCUGUGGAGUUACCACCAACAACCCGCGCGUCUGGAAAUGCAUCAAAUCAAGAAUAACCCCAUAAGUGAACGUGAGCACAUGAUCAACGAAGCGAUGGUGCGACAAAAUAAACAUGUGUUUUUCGCUGAUCGAUUGCGAGAGUCCGUCUACGAACACGUCACAUAUAAUAGCAAAGGCAAACAACAGCCGUUGUUAGCUCCGAGACUUUUUGUUAUAUAUGACAACGUGGAAGCCAGUGAACCAGGAGAUACUUCCGAUUAUAGCGCAGUUCUUGAUGCACCUUUCUACAAGUUAAGGAUUGAGGAUGGAAUAGAUCCAGAUCCAAGAAAUAAUAACAGGUACCAAUGGCCUGACAAAGAGAAGGUGACCAAAGCUAUAGGAUUUGGAUGUUUAUUGGUACCAAUAGGGCAAAGAAUUAAAAGAGGUCUAAAUCCUAAUCAACCUUUGCAAUGGAAAUUAAUAUUUCCUGCAGUAGAACGCUACCUAGAAAGUUGUCUAGCACAUUCUCACAUUCGUUGCUAUCUAUUUACUUUGGCGUUGCACAAGGCUUUUAUGGAAAACGAAACUGCUAAAAUUGGUUUAGAUGCAAGUCAUAUUAAAAAUCAUCUGUUUUGGAAAUGUGAAGACAAUUAUGCAAGGUGGCCAGAAGAUCAACUUGGUACAGUUUUGUUGGAAUUCCUAAAAGAUUUAUACAGGAAUUUAUCCAAAACAAUAAUGCCAAAUUAUUUUAUAGACAGCUGUAAUGAAAUUGCAAGUAUACCGGAUCCCUUGUUACGUGAACAACAAAACAGCUUAGCAAAGAUCAUCGAGUCUCCUGUGCUGCAUAUGCUACACGCACUUAAUAAAAUAAAAUACACUAAGAGAGAAUUCUAUCCAAAAUUUCAAUGUAAAAAACUCUUUCAAAUACUAACUUGCAAGGAUCCUUUGCGUCUGAUUAAUCCAAAUCUACCUAAAGUUGUUACUCCCUCUAAGUAUGAAGAUAGUUCAGAGAGCGAAACUGAAAAUGGAUUUUGGGAGGCAGCCAAAGCUAAUGACAGAGAUUAUAAACGGCGUAAAGCGGCGCAUAAAAAGGCUGAAGAAAAGAAAAAACCCAAGGUGCCAAUAAGAGAACAAAAAGACGCAUGGAAACAGUAUACAAUACCACAAAAUAUGGAUCCGAUACGACGACGUCUUGUUCUCGAAUUCUUCAUUCCUCACUUUAUCGCAAUGGCUCGGUCCAGUGAAAAGUUCGAAGCAAUAAGGCAAGCACUAAUAUAUUUGGAACACGCGCAAAGACUCUGCAUAUUGCUAUCGGAAGAACCGGGAAGUGAUUCGACAGCCAAGGAAUAUCUGAGAGUCAUUAGAGAAAAAUUGGUUGACUGUCAAAGAAAACUGGUACAGCAAAGCUAUUUACCUCAGAAGCCUGAAAUUAAUCGUAAUCGUAAACCACAACGACACCGCAAGCAGCGACCAAAGUUUGAAGACAUCCCAGAUUCUUCUGCUGAUAGUCCUGGUAUCCCAGCAUUUACUUUUGUCGAUGUGCACGUUGAAAAUUCAACAUACGAUCACAUGAAAUUAAAUGUAUUUACCAAUGGCGAGGAAUCUAAGUUAUAGACAUACAAUUUAAAGAAAUAAUGACGUAGUUUCUGUAACUAUCAAUACUAUCUCAGAUUCUUUUCUUUACUGAAAAAAGUCAAAAGAAGAAAUAAUACAACUGAAAUAAGAUUUCGAAGAAUUGAUGGAAAAUGUUUUCUAAAUUGUUAUGUGACUCUCGGAAUUAGCUGUAGGUACUUUCUUAAUUAAUUAAUAUGUAUAUGGAAUACGUAUAAUAUAAACACCUCUGUCUGCCCAUUCGAGGAAUAAAAG